CUUCAUGGUGUUGUCAUAAUUUUUUAUUUUAAAAUGCAUGAAAUUUUUGGAAAUUUUAUUGAUUUUUGAUUUUUUUUUAUUCAGGUCACGACGAGUUGAAUAUUUAUAGAAAGAAUUGACACGUAUCUAAAUUAACAAAUAAUUAUGGUUGACUUGCAAUUCUGACCACCCGAAAAUAAGUUUUUCUGAGAAUUCACAAAACUUGGGGAUUCUCACAUUAUCUAGUGUUGUGUUUUACAUUUAAUCUGCUAAUUAUGUCGCUCAUUAGAAUGGUUAACAAAAAAUAUAUGGCAAGAGAUUGAAUCCUUGGGACAUAAAAAAUAUUUUGCAUCUUAGAUUUUUCUAUUAAUAAUGUUAAAUUUUCUAGUUACUUUCAUUUGAAAGCUGUUUACUGAAUAUUUUUUAUAUUCAAUCCUAAAAAUUAGUCAAUUUUUCAUCACCGCGGUUUGUGAUUUAAAUGUUUGAUAAACUACUCAAAUUAUAUUCUCAUUUAUUCUGAGGUGUGUGGCCAGAAUUGUGAGAGGACUUUCCAUUCUGGCCCCUCUCUCCAUUUUUUCAUUAGGAAAUGACGGGGCCAAAAUUGUGAAUGCUGAAGGCAUAAAUUUAAAUUUUCGUUUGCGUUCAAUUCGUGGGUGCCACAUACGUCUCGUGCCUUUGUGUCACCGAUAUUCAUAAUAUUCAUUUGCUUGCGUAAAAUUUGAUCUUGUUUUUACAUCAUCUGCCAAGCGCAGCCUCAUCAAGCAGAAAGCGAUCGAUGCAAUCGUCUCAGCCUCCAGCUUGACUUUCCAGCCUGAUCCAGCAAAUGGAGUGCACUUCUUUGACGAGAUGCCUGCUGCAGUUCGUCAAAGCCUGUUGCACUUUGAUCUGCUGAGCCGCCGCAUGCUCCCGAUUGUCUGUUACUGCAUGGGCAUGCGUUUCAAGAUCACGGAGGGUUAUGACGAGUUGCUUCAUCGUGCUCGUCAUCACUUUGUCGUCCACGGUUUUGAAGACCACCUGGCUGCUCAUCUGCCCCCUUUGCCGGCUGUGAUUCCAGCGCAGCUGCCAGCCUUCCAGCCACAGCAGAACGUUGGCCUGCCUCUCCCAGCUGCAGGAGCAGACGUGCAACAUGCAGCCCAGCUGGGCCAGGCUGGCCCUCAACCUUUGGGCCUGCCACUCUUGGCGGCAGGUGGUCUCCAGGGCACCGAAUGGCAACGGCAACCAAGCUGCCCCCCACAGCAAGACCAGCAGGGGGAGCACGGCGCUGCGGAGACCAUGUAAAGGUAGAGUUUAAGUUACUUUAAGCAGUAGAGCAUCCUAAUUAUUUGACACAACACACAUGUUCCUUUGAGUGCGAGACCGAUGAAUCAAUAAAUUAAACUAAUAUAUUUGUGGAGCAGCAAAAUUUCUUUACUAUUGAAACGCAUUCUUGCAUUUUUGUUUUAAAAAAACUUAUGUAAUUGAAAUGCUGAAACAACAAAUCACCUGAGUUUAUAAAAUGAUGUGAUGCUGUAUCUUCAAGAGAAAUGAAAAAUAAAUUGAAAAAAAAAAAUGUUUUAGGUUAUCAUUAACGUCAUUAACAUAAUUGUAUAAUCAAAAUGCGAAGGAUGUGCGAAGGAGUUAAUAUACAACUCUUGUUAAUUUUUAUUUGCAGAACUGGCCAUAAUGUUCUAAUUUCUGAGAAUUAUAGUAUUUGAGUGGCUCAUAUUAAGUGGUAGAUUAAUAAUCUGAGAAAAAUGAUCGGUCAGAAUUUGGUCCAACACCCCUCUUUGACAACCUUGCUUAAUGAAAGAGGAGUUCUGAUGAUUUUACAAUCGAUCAGUCAUAGUGUGUUAAAAGCAGUCGAGCUCACCAACACACUUGGCAUUUUUUUCUUCAAAUCUUUUCAUUGUUUCUUUUCCCUCAAAGACAGUGGCAGAAUCUGAAUCUGAACCAAUAGGUUUUGGACUUUUGCGAAAAUCAUUAAUAAAUAGAUGCCAGAAAUGAGACAGUUGAUGUUUAUUUGCCCUUUUUUCAUUCAAAAAUUUCUAAUUUAUGUCCCCCUUGCUCACAUAACAAACAAAAUGGAUGUUAACAGCUAAUAAGCUAAU